UUUGCCAGGUUAUACGCCAUUUCUCUCUUCUUACCAACAAAGUUACCAUUCUCUGUUCAAUUUUCUCUCCCUUCUACUUCUAGGGUUUCGCUUCUGCGAUGUACAUGUCUUCUUCUGCACAUCAAAGCUGACUUUAUGAACCAAUUCAUAUUUCUGGCUUGAGAAGCCAAUCUACAGUUGCAGUUGUUUCAACAAUGGAAAAUCGGAAAGAUUUUCUCAGCUGUCUGGAUUCUGAUAUGUCUCUUAAGAUACUCACGUGUCUGGAUGAUCCGGCUGAUCUUGUUCGUGUCUGCUGUGUCUCUCGAUCUUGGAGACACUAUGUGAUUGCAAAUGGUCUUUGCAAGAAGCUAUGCUUGAGAAUAUUUCCUCAAUUAUCUAGAGUUGCUUUUGUUGUUGAACUGAAUCAACAUGGAGCCAAGGAACUUGCCGAGGUUGGAUCUAGCUCUUCUGUGGAAUGGCUAGUUCAACAGAGAGAACAUAGAGUCUAUGCUUACUUAGGCAGAGCUCUCAUGUCAUCUGUUGCAAUGAAUUGCAUUGCUAAGACAGUUGGUGCUUCUAGCACUGACAACUUUCCUCAGGAAAGCAUUGAUAAUACUCUAGAGCCAAGAGAUCACAUUUCUGGUAGAUAUUCCUACUGGUCAAGUGAUGGACAAAGUAAUCCCAAUGUUCCUGAGACAUUAACAUAUGAGUUGGUCUCUCAAAUUUGUGUAAUCACAGAAAUCAAUAUCCAGCCUUUUCAAGCUCACUUUCAGAUUGGGUCACCAAUAUAUGCAGCAAGAUCUGUUCGGUUUAAAAUGGGUCAUGCUAAAGCCUCUUUAGAUGCUGUAGAUGAUGAAAUGUUUUCAUGGACCUAUACUUCACCGGAAUUUCCAAUGUCUCAGGAGAACCGGCUGCAGAAGUUCAAGCUUCCAGAACCUGUGCUGUGUAUUGGGGGUAUCUUGCAGAUUGAGCUUUUGGGAAGGGUACAGAGACAAGAAAUUGAUGGUCUAUUAUACAUUUGUGUUUCUCAUGUUCAAGUUCUUGGAGGCUCAUUGUCACCAGCAUUCAAUGCGGAUAUUCUAGAUCCCUCUGGAAACUUUGUGUUGAAAAGGGACCAAAUGGCUAACUGUCAACCAGUUAUCACAUCUGGAAAUGAAUCUCAAGAAAUUUCAGCCGAGCACAGGGGACUGAGAGAUUUCCGGAAUAUUGUGACUAUAUUGCGCGGACAAGUAGUAGGAAUCGGGGAAGAUGAUUGGGAUGAGGAAGAAUAUGAAAUUGAUGAUUUUGAAGAAGAAUAUGCCCUCUGAUCUUUUGCCGGUAUAAAGUACUUUUAUAAUUCCUCCCAAAUAAAGAAAAGGAAAAAAAAAGUUAGAAUCUCCUAGGUGAGGAGUGGUUGCAUUCAAAACCUGUUUUCUGUGUAAUGGUUACGCUUCAAAAAUUCUGGUUUUUCUGUGCUGUGGCUACUGAGAUUUGAAUAUAAGUAUUUACUUCUCUUGUAGAUAUGAGCUUGGGUGUGGGACAAGUAUAAACUUAUUUUCUGCGGUUUAACAUCUGAUGCUUGAAACUUGAGCUUUCUAUCGAGUAUUAACAUGUUAUCAUCCAUCUUUAAGUAUAGUUAGACAAACCAUAUUCUGUGCCA